AAUUUUAAAACUGUAAGGUAUAUAUGUGCAAUUACUGUUCAACUUUACUUUUAAACCCCUAAUAAAAAUCCUUAUUAAUUUCUGAACCCAGAAGCUCCGCGCACUUCGUCAGUUCGUUGUCGUUAAUGGCGAACGAGGGCACGUCGUCGUCUCGAUUCGAGGAGGAGGAGGAAGAGUUGGGGGAGCUGUAUGGUGCCGAAUCGGGAUGGGUCGAAGCUCGAUCGUCGUGCGAUCAUCUCGCCUCCUUGGCCUCCGAUCUGGUCCACAUCCCUCCUCCCGAUUCCCCUUGCUUCAGAUGCCACCAUCCUGCUGAGAACUGGCUAUGCUUGAGCUGCAAAGAGGUCCUAUGCAGCCGCUUUAUCAACAAACAUAUGCUUAAUCAUCAUCAAGAAACUGGCCACUGUCUUGCUCUUAGCUUCAGUGAUUUGUCAGUCUGGUGCUUCGCAUGUGAAGCAUAUCUAGAUGUUCAGUUGAUUCAGCAGUUGCAACCCGUUUAUGAAGCCGCGCAUCUGUUGAAGUUUGGACAGAGACCGCCUUUCCGAUCGCUUGAUGGCGUUGAAUUAUGUAGUUUGCAAAACAAGGGUGGCUCUGCAAAAUCUUAAAAUAACGGCCAUCUUUUCUUAUGUUUUCUUUUGACCGGAAACUGGAUUGAUGUACAUUUUUCGAUCUUUAACAGGGGUGAGAGUUAGAGCAAGUCUUUUGGCUUAUUAAGCUGUAAAGCAAGAUGAGAUCAUAUAAUGCUCAUGGUUUUUUAGCUUUUCUUGUUGUAGGUGUUA